AUUGCUCUGUCGUUUAUUGACUGAGUUGGAGCAACGCUGUAAAACUAAGUUAGCCAGGACUAGUGCUAGGAUGUUAGUAUUAGUGUAUAUGACAGCUAACUACAAGAACAUUCCGGAGAGCAAAAUGUGCUUUUGGUUGAGUGGCAGCUGAGCUUUAGAAAGUUAGACGAAACUUAGCUAACGUUAGUUUGACAGAUAGCUUGUCAGUUUAGCUUAGUCAUUACAGGGAGGUGUUUUUACCUCUCUCAUGUCAACCACUGGGCUUUAACUGUGGACUAACGCAGGUGAAUGCUUCAGAUUUAAAUAGCACUGCCGGGUAAUGGUUAGUUUGUAAGCGCAGUAGCCUAUAUUUGAGCAAAAAGUUAACCUCUAACCCAAGGUAGAUUAACGUUAGCCUGCUAGCACAGAGUGAAACCACUGACUAACCACGAAUCUGUUUCUGUGGGAGUUAUGAGCACCAGCAAUAUUUAUGCAAGUCGCAAACGGAGGAAACCUGUCCAGAAAAGUGGGCAGCAGUCUCCUCCGGAAUGUGUCAAAUCAAAUCCUUCCAAACGACAUCGAGACCGGCUGAAUGGAGAGUUGGACGGGUUGGCCAGCCAGCUUCCUUUCCCGCAGGAAGUUAUAUCCAAGCUGGACAAGCUCACCAUACUGAGGCUAAGUGUGAGCUACCUGCGGGCCAAAAGUCACUUCAAUGUGACCCUGAACUCAAAGACUUCCAACCAGCUAGCAAAUAACACUAAACCACACAUUCAGGAGCUGCCAGAGGGAGAAUUGUUGCUACAGGCUAUAAAUGGCUUUGUGUUUGUGGUCACCUCCAAUGGCACAAUUUUCUACGCUUCCUCCACCAUUGAGGACUACUUGGGGUUCCAUCAGUCGGAUCUCAUCCAUCAGAGUGUUUAUGAGCUCGUUCACACUGAAGACCGGGCUGAGUUUCAGAGGCAGCUUCACUGGGCGCUCAAACCCAGCUGCACCCCAGACACCGGACAGCUAAUGCAAGCUUCUCAGGAUGCACCGCUGCCUCAGACAUACCACAGUCCAGAGCAGUUGCCACCAGAGAACUCCACCUUUCUGGAGCGAAAUUUUGUUUGCCGUUUAAGAUGUCUUUUGAACAACUCCUCCGGCUUUCUUGCCAUAAACUUUCAGGGGCGUUUGAAGUUCUUGAAUGGGCAGAAUGAGAGGACAGCAGAUGGAAAAGCUGUCCCUCCUCAGUUGGCUCUGUUUGCCCUGGCCUGCCCUCUGCAGCCGCCUUCCAUACUGGAGAUCUGCACCAAGAGCUGCUUUUUCAAAACCAAGCAUAAGCUGGAUUUCACGCCCACCGCGUGUGAUGCAAAAGGGAAGAUUGUUCUGGGCUACACGGAGGAAGAGCUGUGUUACCGCGGCUCAGGCUAUCAAUUCAUCCACGCAGCUGACAUGCUCCACUGCGCCGACAACCACAUACGGAUGAUGAGGACGGGUGAUAGUGGGUUGACUGUGUUCAGACUGUUGACGAAACAGAACAUCUGGGUUUGGGUUCAAUCCAACGCCAGACUUGUCUACAAAAAUGGGCAACCAGAUUGCAUCAUCGCCUCACAGAGAGUCAUCACGAACGAGGAGGGUGAGGAGAACCUGAGAAAGCGUGCUAUGAUGCUUCCUUUCAGCUUCACUACAGGAGAAGCAGUUCUCUAUGACAUGAACCUGGCCAGAUCUCAGAGUAACACCAUACCUUCUGAUACCACUGCUCUGGAUGACAGUAACCAAGCCAGAUCCACUGGAACUGUAGACCCCGACUCCCUGCUGGGCUCCAUGCUGAAGCAGGACAAGUCGAUUUAUGUGUGUCCCGCAGAUGAGCACUCUGUAUCAGUACAGGGUUUAGAGAAUGAGGAUCUUGGUGGGAUCUUCUCCAGUAACUGUCAAGAAAGUGCCCUUUCACUCUCUGAAAGCUCUCUUUUCAAACAAGAGCGAGUCGUUAACUCUGGAGGAGACGACAGCUGUGAGAUACUGAACUUCAUGGGGAGUUUAGGGAUCGGACCAGAAGAUCUGAAGUUCCUUCAGGAUGAACUGUUCCUCAGGAUUGACUUCGGUGGUCAGAAUGAUGUGGCAGACCUCACAGAUGGCAUCUUCUCUUAUGUACAACACUCUCUCAGGACGGAGACAGACUGUAUAAUGUCUGAUGGUGACAGUCUGAAGGAACUCGUCGGGAAGCCUAUGCAGACCUUCACACCUCCACAGCGAGCAUCUGCAUUAAUCUUACAGGAUUCAUGCGAUCCUCCCACAUUAGAACCUCAGGAACAGCAGAUGACUUCUAGAACAGAACCUCUUGAACAAAGGACACAACAUUUCACACCAAUACAACCUCAGAGUGAACCGCAGACCAUGCCAGAGCUACACCAACACAUAACGUCUCAACCAACAGGAAUCACACAAUGCGAAGCUUCACACAUAACAACCCAAAAACACCAAGCUCAGAUGAUAAACCAACAGUCUCAGUGCUCAUACCUUCCACCGCUCCAUCUGCUGGAGUGUAAAACACUCAAAAAUACUCCGAUUUGUGGGAGCCUCACUGAAGUUCUGGUCAGCGCCGCUCAGCAGGUUCCUCCUCUCUUCCAGCCAGAGCUCCAGCAGCCUGGAUGCUUUUACCUGGAGUCGCCCCUUCUGGAUCUGAAGCACAAUUACAGGAACCAUCUGAGCACGUUGUCCUUCAGCUGCGCCCCGCAGCACUCUUCACCUUAUAUCACUGCAGGUGACACAGGUAUGAGCGAGUUCACUGCUCAGGACCUUGAGGUGCUGCUCAGUGGCCUGGACGCUGAUGUGGAGAGGAACAGGCACUCAGGACAAUACAGAGGAGUGGGUGUCAGAUCAAGUCUGGAUCAACAAGAUUACACAGGCCAGAUAAGAACCAACCAAAUGUGAGGCUCACCAACCUUCACUCUUAAACAUAAAGAUUCUUCAUUGCCACCGGUGGUUCCAUGGAGAACCUUUAACAUCAAUGGAAGCUUUCCAUUUAGUUGUGACUGAUCAGCUGACAAUCCUAAAGAAAUAGAGCAGAAAAAACACUUGGUGGAACUUCAUUCAUACCCAUCUGAGGUUGGGAUGCUCUGGGCUGGAAUGAUCAGUGGCUGUGGUCAUACAAACCAAUGAUGCCUGAGCCAGAAAAGAGCACCAGCGGAGUACAGGAUGAGGAGGAGGAAGCAGAAACUGGGGUGAAGGAAAGGCUGAAAAUGGACAAAGUAAGGCACAAGUGUCCUGUGGCUCAGUAUGACGUCUAAGAUGAAUGGAGAACCAGUCUGUUUGUAUCAGUUAGAAACUAGAAAUCAUUCAUCAGUGGCUUCCCUCUUAUAUGAACAGUGCUGUCACAGUACUUUGAUAAAUCUCUCAUUAAAUGUCUCUCAUGAGAUGUUGCAAAUCUAUUGGCCUGUCAAAAGCAUGUCCCAAAGCAAUAUAUACAGUGUGCACUAACUGUAAAAAGCCAAACAAGCUGUUUUUUUUCUCAAAUAUGCAGCAACAUUGAUAAAGUUGUACAAUAUAGCUAUCUAAUCUGCAGCUCUUCUCAUGUUAGCUUGUUUACUCUGUAAAAUUAAGUCAAAGGCCAAAUAUUGUAUUGUGUAUGAUUAAUUUGGGAGAUUUACUCAACGCUGUGACUUCCUGUCAGCAGUAUUUUCAGUUGUGCUGAAGAUUUUUCAACUUUUUUUUAUUUUUUAUUGCCUUUAAUUUUUGAAUAAUUGAAAUCAUCAAGGAUUUUUUUCUUAGUAUAGCAUUACCGAUGGGUGAUGUGAGUAAUCGGGAAACUGUGUGGGUCGCCAUAGACUGGCAUUUGUAUAGUAAUUUAUCAUUUUCUGAUCAUUUAUUCUUUGAGGGAAGCUAUUGAAGACAAUCAGACAUAUGUAGCACUUAUGAACCGCUGUUUCACGGGAGACACAGACUUAGACCAAACUGUAAAUCAAAGAAUGAUUGGCUUUCUACAAAGUUGCUGUAUUCAUAAAGCGCUAUUGUUAAACAAGCAGUUGAGGUAUUUUGAUAGAUGACCAAACCUGAAAGACCAAGACUUGGAAAAUUAUGAAUUCUUAUGAAAAAAGGGGUCAGUGAGAUUUUUUUUAAGACUAAAAUAUAAAUCGUUUUAAAAUGUUGCUUGUUCCCAUGAUUCCAAUGUUGAAUUUUCAGUGGUCAUUACUCAGAAAUCAUUCUAAUAUUCUGUAUUUUUUGCUCAAAAUACAUUUCUAAUUGUUAUUAAUCUUGAAAAGAUUUUUGGUCAGCAUUCUUUGAACAUAUAGUUCAAAUAAACUGCAUUUUGCUUGGAAUAGAAAUCUCUCAUUACUUUGUAAAUGUCUUGACUGUCACUUUUUUAGUUCUGUCUGUCUAUAUGUACUGGCUAUUCACUUUUGUUUUGUUUUUCUUGACCAAAAGAAGAAGAAAUAACCUCUUAAACCCAGAACUUGAGAUUUCACUCAUUUAGUUUAACUAAGGUAAUCCACAGUCAAACACUCGUGUGGAAGGACAGAACUGUCCUUUACGAAAAGAACACAAGUUCAUUGCCCUUUUCUUAGAAAGACCUCUAUGUGCCUCGCAAAAAAUCUUUAUAUAACGACUAGUUCAAAUAAAUCUUUUACAAAGCAUCUGUGUGGCUGAUUGGAUCGCAUCAGCUUCUCUGACCAACUUGAAUGAGUAUGAAUGUGGCAUCCUGGAAAGAUUUGGAAAUUUUUAAGAUCAUGCAAUUAAGUUUCCUGUUGUGUGUCCCUUCUCUGAUGGUGCGAUCCCGCUAUCUGCUGGUUGAAAAAGUAUUUACAACGUUGAUGAUUUGGUGGGUUAGUUAGUGAAAAAUAAAAUCCAAAUGUGUUUA